UAAAAAUAUUCUCCAAUCUUGUCGAGCGUAUACCUCAAAACAUGAUAAACUCACAAACGAAAAAACCUUCGGCAAAAUCACAUUACUUAAACACGUGGUCAAUUCCAUUAUGUGGUACACGAGACAUAAAAAACCCAUUAGCUGAUAUAAUGCAAAACAUCGAGAAAGCAAUGUUCCGGGUGAAAAAAAAUCGAGCACUGAGCAACUACUAAAAGCAGGAAAGUCGUUACCUCCUCACCGACUGAAUUACGCUAUUAAAACAGCAGGGGAUCCUUACCACCUUUAGCUUUUACAGGCUACGAGGAAGAAGGGUAAACAUUAUCUAUAAAAGGGUCCGUUUGAUUCUCUCUCCUUUCAUUUUAUCUGGAAACUUCUAUGGUGAUUGUUUGUUAAAUAUCAAUAAAAACAAUAUAAUGUUGGUAGCCCCAAAGUCUCUGCUAGUUCUCGUGGUUUACGUUACAAUCAGUGAUGCUGAAAUAACCGAGGUAGAUGACGAAAGUUGCGAGACUCUACAAUCAGAAAUACGUAUUACUAAAGACGAAUAUGACGACUUAGCACGUCUGAAAAGAACAUGCAGCGGUGAUGUAUCGGUCACGAAAUGCGAAGGAUUCUGUAACUCGCAAGUACAGCCAAGCGUCGUAACUACUACGGGCUUCUCAAAGGAGUGCUACUGUUGCCGUGAGAGUUAUCUGAAGGAAAGAUCCGUCAUCUUAAAUCAUUGCUACGACGCGGAUGGAAUCAAAUUGAUAGGCACGGAGGACGACGCAAUGAUGAUCAAGAUACGGGAACCCGCUGAAUGUAAAUGUAUAAAGUGCGGCGACUUCGCGAGAUAAGACAGCAACGACUCGAAAUAUAAAUUAUUAAUUUCUCAGCAAUGAAAUUGCAACGAUUAUAUGUGACAGUUAUAUC